AUGAUGUUAUUGUAUAGACUGUGUUUAUGGAAAAGUGGGAGAAUGUUACUGGCACUGUUCCUUUUGGAUUGGCUGUUUGCUGCCUCUACGGUGGCUACCACUCAUGAGCCAGGGUUCAGUGCACCGAUAGCGAAUGUGACGGCCCCACUAGGUCGGGAGGCGAUACUCGCGUGCACCGUACACAACCUCUCCACCUACAAGGUCGCGUGGUUGAGGGUAGACACGCAGACCAUUCUCACAAUCCAUACGCACGUGAUAUCGAGGAGUCGAAGAGUGGGGGUGACUCACAGCGACCACCGGACCUGGUUCCUGCACAUUCGGGAGCUGCGGGAGACGGACAGAGGAUGGUAUAUGUGCCAGAUAAACACAGACCCCAUGAAGUCACAACUUGGAUACCUAGAUAUCGUCGUCCCACCUGACAUUCUCGAUCGAGGCACGAGCACAGACCAGACGGUACGGGAAGGCGCCUCGAUAAAUUUAACAUGUGCUGCUACGGGAUCACCGCAUCCACAAAUUACUUGGCGAAGAGAACAUUCCAAACCUAUUACCAUCUCAGACGGAAUGCAAGUGACGUCUUUCGAAGGCCCAGAGCUGAAUAUAACUAGAGUGACCAGACAACACGCAGGGGCUUACCUAUGCAUCGCUUCAAAUGGAGUACCACCCACAGUUAGCAAAAGGAUAAUGCUUACAGUACAAUUUCCCCCAGUAAUAACAAUAAGGAAUCAGUUGGUUGGAGCAGCCCUAGGCACCGAGCUUGUGCUGGAAUGCGAGACCGAAGCGUAUCCUAAACCCGUCAGCUAUUGGAGCAGAGAUAACGGCGAGAUCGUCCCUGUUGGGGGAGGUUUGGAGCCCCACAAGAUAGAUGGAUCAUAUCGAUCAGUGCUGAAGCUCGCGAUACGAAGAGUUACUAGUUCCGAUUAUGGGACCUACAAAUGUGUCUCAAAAAAUUCCCUCGGAGACACCGAGGGCACUAUUAAAUUGUAUCCUAUGCCUCUUCCACCGAUGGAAAACAAAAAUGUUGUCCAAAGGUUAAACAUCGUAGCUGAUAAAUCAUCUGAAAGCACGCCCUUCGGCACCCAAGAUUUCAGGUUACAAGAUUACAACAGAGCCUCAAAGUAUCAGUGUUGCCAUUUUUUGUUUUUAUUAAUAUUUUUAUUCUGAUAACAUUGUCCCGGGGUUGA